AUUGAUUUCAACUUGCUUCAUGGGUUGUCAAGCCACAACACACCUCUUAUCUUAAAAUGGCCCAGAUGACUGACAAGGUAGAGAGACAGAAGACGGACGCUUCCGACCAUUCCCCGACCGACUCGAUACAGAGGCAAAACGAGGCCAACAACAAUACCCCCGGUGACGAUGAAAAAGAAUACAAGCACGAAUAUCCCGAGGGCUUGAGACUUACCCUCAUCCUGACGGCAGUUGUACUGGCCUACUUCUUAGUUUAUCUCGACCUCGCCAUCAUGUCUACGGCUACCCCUUCCAUCACUACUGCCUUUGACUCAAUAGUAGAUAUCGGUUGGUACGGCGGAGCCUACCAGCUGGCUAGUGCAGCAUUUCAGCCCCUGAGCGGCAAAAUCUACACCUACUUUUCCAUCAAGUGGUGCUUUCUCUGCUUCUUCUUCCUCUUCGAGCUUGGGUCAGCCCUCUGUGGAGCAGCCCAAUCGUCGAAUAUGUUCAUCGUCGGCCGAGCCGUCGCAGGCUUGGGUUCUUCAGGCAUUACAACUGGUGCCCUGAGCACUAUUGCCGCCGCGCUCCCAACCAGGAGACAGCCACUAUUCAUGGGAGUCACGAUGGGCAUCAGUCAAGUAGGCCUUGCAUGCGGUCCCAUUAUUGGAGGCGCUUUUAGCGCAAAUGUGUCUUGGCGGUGGUGUUUCUACGUCAACCUCCCUCUAGGGGGCGUAGUCAGUUUAUGCCUCCUCUUCCAGAACGUGCCAGAACCGAAACUUAAGCCCCCCGUGCGGCAGGUUCUUGGAACAGCCAUUAAGUCACUCGACUUGAUAGCAUUUUCGCUCAUAUCUCCCGCAGCUAUCAUGUUCUUCCUAGGUCUCCAGUUUGGAGGGAACCAAUAUGCCUGGAAUAGCUCCGUGGUAAUUGGUCUAUUGGUUGGGGCUGCUGUGACUUUCGCUAUAUUUCUUGUCUGGGAGUCCCGACAGGGAGAUCAGGCCAUGGUGCCAUUUGCUAUGCUUAAACAUCGUGUCAUCUGGUCCGCUGCGAUGACUCUGUUUUUCAGCUUAUCUGGCAUCCUUAUGGCCGACUACUACCUCGCUAUUUUCUUCCAGGCAGUCCGCGAUGACUCGGCCCUCAUGAGCGGUGUGCACAUGCUGCCAACAACUCUCGGCUUGGUUGGCUUUACGAUGGUCUCAGGUACUAUGAUCGACGUGCUAGGCUACUACCUUCCCUGGAUACUUUUGGGCGGUUCGCUAUCUGCCAUCGGUUACGGGCUCCUCUCGCGUUUAAGUCCUAGCACCACCGUUGCAUCUUGGAUAGGGUACCAGAUCCUCUAUGGUGUUGGUAGCGGCUCAGCAGCCGCAGGUCCCUACAUAGCAGUUCAGAACCUCGUUCCUCCAGCACAGAUACCCAUUGCCAUGUCAAUUCUCAUCUUCACCAUGAAUAUUGGCGCUGCUACUUCUCUAAUCGCCGCAAAUGCCAUCUUCAGUAAUAGCCUCCGCACCGAGCUGCAGCAGCGCAUUUCCACCAUUGGCGUCUCGCCAGAUAUCAUCGUCGGCGCUGGGGUUCGGUCUAUUCGUCAGCUCGUGUCUGGGCCCGCGCUAGCUGCUACGCUCGAAGCAUACUGUAAAGCUAUUGACCGUGUCAUGUACCUUGGAAUCGCGGUUACCCUAUGCAUCUUGCCUUUUUCCUGGGGCCUUGGAUGGAAGGACGUUCGGGAAGUGAAGAAACUCAAUGCUAUAACCAACAAAAAGCCUGCUCCUGACCAAGAAAAAGGAGAGGAGAACGACAUGUAGGGUAGGAGGACGGUAAGGUAACAGAUGAGACUAGCCAAGGUGAAAUAUUGUUACAGUCUAGGUCCUACCUAGCCAUCCUAAUCUAGGUAUAGUGAAUAAGCUUAUAACUGCGGUCUACUCUGUCAGAGGAAAUGAAGCGAAGAGGGUUUAUUAAUUAAUGACACGUUUAGUGAAUAGUUAAG